AUGGAGGUGUUGGCACAACUGAUUCAACUGAUGGUAUUGAGCAGCGUACUGGCAACCCGUUCCAGAUCUCGAUGUCUGUCAGUGGGAUCUUUCAACGUCAAAUGGUUCACCGUGGCUAAAUCCGCUGACGAAGGCAUCCUGAACAUUGUGGCUGAUAUAAUCCGACGGUAUGACGUCAUGCUGAUGAUGGAAAUCAGAGAUGAUGUCCAUCAGACGGCGAUGAAUCGUCUCUGGGAACUAGUCAAUGCAUCCUCACCUUAUGGACUCUCACUGAGCCAACCCCUUGGUCGUUAUUCCAAUUAUUAUAGAGAACAAUAUGCUUUCUUUUACCGUCUAGGUAAAGCUUACCUAGUUGACACAGAACCGUAUUCAAUUUUAAUCAAAACGUCCCCUACUUCGUCGGAGCCAGGUAUUGCUUUCAUAGGCGUGCACACCCAACCCAAGAAUACCAUGACAGAAAUGGCAAGCAUGGUUGAGGUGACAGAUUUCAUUCUCCGCCACUGGAGCACAGACAAAGCUGUUAUUUUAGGAGACCUAAAUGCAGACUGCAGAUACAUGUCCACGUCUGCUCUUGCGCAGACCCCACUUAAGAUGGACCAGAGGUUCACAUGGUUGAUUCCAGAUACAGCAGACACCACAGUCUCGCCACAAACCAACUGCGCCUACGACCGUAUAAUUGUCACAGACCCGGUACAACACAGUGCUGCCUCAGUCUAUAACUAUGAAACACAGUAUGCCUUAUCCUCUCAGGAAGCGAAAGCUGUAAGCGAUCAUUAUCCUGUUGAAGCGCAGAUAUGUUAA